AUGCUCGCGCAGAUGUUCUCACAGGCAAAAUUGGAUGCGAUGGAGCGGACUCCAGGUGGUUCCCGCCGCCUCGCAGAUUUCAAGCCUGGGUCAAGGUCCACCCAAAGCUUGGACGAAACGACUGUAGGCACAGGCGAAGACUGGACGUUCACCUCGCCAAUACGCCGGGCCCUCCAUCGAGAGUUCCAGAGCCUGGAGCCUGUGACUGGACAGGAGCCGCUCACGACCAGUGUGGCAUCAAGUCAGUCUGGUUCUCCUCCCUCCGAGAAGAAGGCACUUCUUGCAUAUUCCCAAUGCUUGGAAAGCCGCCUGCGAGCCAUGACCGGCGAGAACCGAGGCUUAAGGCUUCAGUUGCAGGAAGAGGAGGCCCGCUUCGCUCAACUGCACUCGAGCAUUAAGAAGGAUACAGACUUCGAGCUACGCCUGAGGGCGAAAACAAAGCAGCUCAACACGCGGAUGAAGGCCAGAGAUCGGGUUGGAGUCUUGUUUGAUGCUUGGUCGCGCGUUACAUCACGAGCUUGGCGA